AUGACGCACAGUCCACUGGAUUUGGAGUUCCCAUCUUCAGAAAAUGCAGAUGCACAAAGGAAAUCACAGCCAGGGUUGACUAUACAGAAAGAUCUUACAAUAAAAGGAUGUAUUGAAAGUGAUGGAGGAGGAGCUGGUACUGUUUCUGCUAUUGGUGAAGUUGGCUUAGUUGCUGUUGGUGGAGGAGUUGUUUCUGCUAUUACUGGUAAAGGAGUUAGUUCUGCUACUGCUGGUGUGGGAGAUGGUGCUGCUGCUAUAGGAACUGGUUCUACUGCUGGAGGAGUUGCUUCUGCUGUUGCUGAUGGUGUUUCUUCUGCUAUUGCUGGUGAAGUAGUUUGUGCUGCUACUGCUGGUGAGGGAGAUGGUGUUACUGCUGUAGGAGCUGGUUCUAAUGCUGGAGGAGUUACUUCUGCUGUUACUGAACGUGGUUCUUCUGACGCUGCUGUUGAUUCUACUUCUGUUAGUAUUGCUUCUUUAGGUACUUCUGCUGCAUUUUAUGUUACUGUAUCUGAUUCUGCAUUAGUCACUCCUAGAGAUACUUUCUGUGAUGAUGAUACAGGUACCAUUGAUGAUGUUGUUGCUGGAUAA